AUGGAACAGGCGCUCCAGCUCCCGAGACUGCACUUGGACACGUUUGCCACGCACCACCCCAAGUUUUUGGACCCGAUCGAUCCACCGACGGUCCCAUUUCCUCCGCCCACUUGGUGCCUCCAUGAACCGCCGCGCUCUAUUGCUCUAUUGGAUGUCUAUAAAGAUCACCUCCUUAUCGCGACGCACAUUGUGGACGAGAAAUCGCUGUUCCUUAUUGGACGGAACGCUGCCGUGUGCGACAUUGUGCUCAGCCACUGCUCGAUCUCGCGACUGCAUGCGACCAUUGUGCACCACGAAAAAGGCGCGACGUACCUUGUGGAUCUUGGUUCGGCGCACGGCACAUUCGUGGAUGGCUUGCGACUCAAAGCUUUGCAGCCGACACUGGUGAUGAAUGAUGCCGUGCUGAAGUUCGGGGCGUCUUCGCGUUCGUAUACGUUCAAGUCGUUCGAGUCACGCGAACAGAUUGUCGAGAGCGUCCAUAACCGCGUGGGACUGCCCCGGGACGAGCUGGAGCUGCAGCAAAACACGCUGCUGAAUUGCCAGAUUACGCACCGAUUGGAACUAUCGCCGACUCGACGGAGUCUGCCGCCCAUGUUUCCAAUGGCUCCCAUGUGUCAAGUGUCUGAGCCUCAUCUCGAGCCUCAAGGUCCUGAUCAAGAUGCACUGAUGCUGCUGGCGCCCGAGGGCGACGGAAGCGGGAUUGCCGAGGGGGCUCCGCUCUUACAACUUGCAGGUAUUAAUCCAGUGAGAAAGCGCUCUCGUGGACAGUCUGGAAACUCACAGGCAUCGGGGUCAUCGGACCAAAGUAGCAGCACAGCGGACUUGAGCGUCUGUAUGGACGACCCGAACGACGAUCAGCAGGGCGACUUGAAACGCGUGCACUUUUGCGGCCAGCCACCCGAGAUCAUUCCCGACUCGAUGAACGAGGCGACAGAUAUGGACGACAGUAUCGAUAUUGACUCGGUGGACGCGCGCGUUUGCGGGAAACUGGAAAGGACCGAGCUGGCCAGCAGCGAUUGA